AUGGCAGACCAAUACAACCCAGAUUGCAAUUGCAACAACUGCUUGUCAACUGUACGUCUCCCCUCUGUGAUUUUGAGGAAUUCAGCCAUCCAAGGCCUGUGGUUUACUAAUGAGUUUCAGUCUGCUGAGCACUUGCGAUCGCAGGGUCCUCAUUCACAGUUUUCAGAGGAUACUGUUGUCAUUCUCAACGAGCAGCAGCGUGUCAAUCAGCUAUAUCAAAGACAAAUCAUCACAAACCCCGAUGAAUACUCAGUCUAUCAGCAAAACCUGCGAAGUCCUUCGGACAACGGAGGUAAUCAAUUGCGCGACGGAGGCGUCACCUCAAACGAGUUUGACCCUGUGACUCCAGAUGUCCAGGGCGACGCAGAUACAUCGGUGGAACAACGUCUUAACCCUGAAGCGCCUGCCCUCGUUUUCGUUGCACCCAACUAUGGAAAUGGAUUGAAUCCAGAAGCGCCUCAAUUUGUUCCCUUGUCGAAUGGGUCCAGAAUGGGGUUGAACCCAGAGGCAGACACGUUUGUUCCCUCUACCAAUGACACAAAUCGACUGGACCCGGAGGCUUCCAUGUUUCUUCCUGACCUUGCAACACCGGAUACUCAUUUGAUGCCUCAUCUUGUAGAAGAUUUCAAUGAAGUGGCUCUGGAGGACUCCGAUGAGGAAACCGGAGAAGACUCCCAUGAGGAAACUGAGGAAGACUUCGAUGCCGAAGCUGAAGAAAUUUCCGAUGAAGAGGCCCGAUUCAUGGCCGCCAGUCAACUGUCGCCCGAUGAUUUUGCUACAAAACCAUUGCUUUGGCCUCCGCCUGGCGAUUUCCAUCAUAUCAACUACUUUGGGCACACAGUGUAUGCAAAGUCUUACACAACACCAGCUGCAAAUCUUGCCAUUCUCAAAUCACGCGGCAAGUACAGAGCAUCAAAGUAUGCUGAAAACUUGCGGCUGCAUACUUUACAUGCACAAGCCUCUCAAUGGCUUGAUCCACUGGUCUUUACGGGGAAUGUUGCAGCUCUCUGGCAUCUAGAGGGCACAAAACUUCAAGAUGCGGCAAUUGGGGCUUGUUUUAAGCUCUGUCAUCCUGAUGGUGAUUGGAAAACGGACAGUUGGGAUGAGGAUGAUGACUAUCCAGUAAUGGACCCUGUGGACCCUGACAUCUAUACUCCAGGCCACGUCAUUAUCAAUGGUCGAUUUCCCGAACCUUUUCUCGACCGGAUUGAUGAUAUCUCUGAACUCAAUGCUGAAUACGGGCGCUUCACCUCCAGACAAGAAGAGAAGCGCAGAAAAAUCCAGGCUGCCAAAGCUGCGUCCAAGAGUAGUCCAGCUACUAAUAUUAAGAUCAGUGGUUUGAAUAAGACAGGCAACGACUCUGCUGAGGCCAAGCUUGAGGUUUCUGAUAAGUCAUUGCCGACUUGCGGGGCUAAAACCUCUAACGAUGACCCUUUCAAAGCCAAUGUCGAGGCUUUCGAUAAACCCAUGCCAGCUAAUUGGGCUGAUUUCUCCGAUGAUGAAGCAGAUGAGCCGAGCACAAUAACGGAUGAGUCCUGGAGGGAUCGUCUUCUUCCACCUCAAGAGGACCAGGGGCAGCCACCUCUAAGUGAAAAUUCUCUUGCUGUUGGAAAGGAACCAGUCGAUCAAGAUCAGGGCGAAGUGUCUCUCGAGUUCCGAGUUCCCAAGAUGAAAUUGCCCAGAAUGCCCUUACUUGCGCCGUUCCUUCCAGUGAUCUGCGAGGAGGAAGAUUCGGAGGAGGACGAAAGAACAUUAUUUAUCGAACCCGCCACUUCGAAUAACGUCCUCGUACAAAACGUCUCCGAGAAGCCAUCGGAAGCUUCUGUCGCCAGUGAUCUGGCUGCUGGAGAUGAAACUCCUCUCGAGGACGACCUCCCAAGUGGUAUCUUAACAAAUAUCGUUGGGCCUGCCACUAAUUCUCUCGGGUUGCGCAGAAAGCCGCACCAAGAGCAGCCCCUUUACAAUAUCUUCAAUGAUAUCCAAACUGCCGAGUCAAUGGAUUCAACGGUCAACCAUGUGGAUAGCACAACCACUCCUGAUGUAACGGGAUUCACAAAUGCAGCCACCGAUCCAGUGGAGGCAACUACAAGAACCCCUUCGAUGGGGCUUACAGCCACCAGUCCUACAAGUUCUACAAGUUAUCGGCCUAAGAACUCCUCUCGAGCUGGAAAGCAAAAGUCCGUUCGCUUUGCUAGCCCUAUCGUGGCGGCAAACCCCCCUCGGGUCCUUCGGGCUCUUCGAAACCCACCGCUGGUCCCAGUAGCAUCGCUAACCGCGAAUGCUACCACCAUCAUCUCCAGAUCACCGACCUCGGCAUCGGCAUCUCUGACUGGCAUCAAGAAGCCCAGUCCUGUGAGAUCUUCAGAGUCUCUGGCACCAGUCCCAGCUCUCCCUACCUUCACUCCGGUUCGGCCUAGAAGAAGCUGGUUUCCCCGUCUCUCUGGUCGGACGCACUCUCGACCAGCCACGGAGGCAAUUUUACAAGACAGUUCUUUGGCCCCUGUCCACCGUAAGGCUGAAGGACAAGUUACAUCUCGACGUCGUCGCUGCUUGCUGAAAGCAGGCUCCCAGUUGUGGAAGAAAUUCCGAGGUCUUCUGUCGACAAAGCAGCGCCUCGAAUAA